AUGUCUCAACCAGUAAAGAAUAUACUGGUUAAAUUGAUAGUGGCAGCGGGUCAAGCGGCGCCGUCUCCACCAGUGGGCCCCGCGCUAGGUUCCAAGGGUAUCAAAGCUAUGGAUUUCUGCAAAGAGUUCAAUGCAAGAUCAGGGAUAUACAAACCUGGCACACCGGUCCCCGUUAUGAUUACUGUGAAGCCAGACAGGUCGUUUUCCUUUGAGAUGAAGUCACCGCCGACUGGGUUUCUUCUUCUGAAGGCUCUUGGGAAGGAGAAAGGCGCUGGACAACCGAACAUCAAUACGAAGGAGGGCACUAUAGGGGAACUGUCGCUCAAACACGUAUACGAGAUUGCGAAAAUCAAGAAGACAGACGAGAGACACGCCCUUUUGGAUAUAAAGGGAGUCGUCAAAUCGGUGAUUGGCGUAGCAAGAAGUAUGGGUAUAAAGAUCGUACCUUGA